AUGUCUGCGAGGGGCCGAGGACGGGGCGUGGCAGCCUUCACCUUCAACAUUGAUGCUCUUGGAAUCACUAGGGGAUCUAUGCCAGAGACUGCAUUUGGGCCAAAACCACUGUUCCCUAACACGGACUACAAGCCUGUGCCAUUAAAAACUGGUGACGAUGAAGACUACAUGCUGGCCCUGAAACAGGAAAUGCGAGGAACUAUGCAACGUCUGCCAUUCAACAUUCCACUGCCCAAGAAGAAGGCAGAUGUGGAGAGAUACAAGGAGAAGUAUGAACAAGAUAAGCUGAAAGACCACGAAAAUACUUGGACACCAGACUGGCAGCGCCUACCAAAGGAACUGAUGCCCCAGAAGAAAAAGGUUAAAAAGAAGACUGCUGUGAAGAAAAAAACCAAGGAAGCAACAAGCAAACAGAAACAAGACCUACUGACUAAGUUAGAUGAGCUAGAGAAGAAAGAUACAGGAUCAGAUGAAGAGAAAGAAGACAAGAAGGCAGAAGGGGGAGAGGAGGAGGAAGAGGAGGUUGAGGGGGAGGAGUAUGACGAAGAGGAGUUUGAAGAGGAGAAUGACUACAUCGCCAGCUACUUUGAAGAUGGAGAUGAUUAUGGUGGUGGCAGCGAUGACAACAUGGAUGAAGCCACAUAUUAA